CCAUAUUCCGCUACAGUUCGCCUUUAUUAUCAGUUUCAAAUGGGGUGGUUCCAUAAUACCCGCAGUGUUCCAUAAUACCACCUUCUCCUCUACUUUUAAAAUUAAAUUUAUAUGGGAAAAUCUGCAAUUAAAAUGGGAAAAAGCAAACAAUAUCGUCACGAAACUAUUUUUAAUUGGCUCUAAACUGAAAAUGUUCGCGUAACUGGCUCUUGUGGUAUCCAUAUCCUUUGAAGAGGAAACCUUCUACGUUGAUCGAUAAUCAAUCAAUUAAUUGAUUGCUUUUCGAGCAAAUUGAUGACGCCAAAUGGAAUCAUUUUAAUUAUUCUAGUUGAAAUAUCAAGUUGGGAAAUUCAAAUUGUAAGUGACGAAUAGAACAGUCGAUAACACAUCGGUAUAACGAAGUGCCCUAUUUUACAAAAUAUUAUACGGAAAGUCCAUUAGUGUAGAAGAUUACGGACGGCAACGUUAUUAUCGGAAAGUGAAAUAUUUUAACGAAUUCUUGUCAUUUAUUGAAUUUUUUUCUCGAUAACGUCGUCAUUCCUCUUUCCGCCGGCUGCCUAUUUGGUAAAAGUUACGAUUUUGCUCGUCCCAAAAUGUCGUUUAGCCCUCUUUGCGCCCUCGAUCCUUUAAUAAAAGCCGGCAGAAUUUUCGGUUUGCAACUGAUAAGACCCUGCUCCUGCCAUCGUCGCCAUUCCGCCAUUUUUGAUUGCGCCUAUCGCGUCUACGUUUUCCUGGUAGAAGUCCUGUUAUGGAGUAUCGCCGCGAAGCUAGUCGUAGACACCUUACACGAAGAAGUAUUGUGUGCGGGUUGGAGUAGUGUCUACGGUCACGGUGCCCAUAUAGUUAAGAUGACCUUCGUAGUGGUCGAUCUGUACGUCGCCAUUCAGUUUGGCAUCGUGAAGAGAAACGUUUUCAGGUGGACGACUCGUAAAGUCUACCCUAACGAAGAACGUCAUUUCGAAAACAUGGAAAGUAUCGUUUACUUGGGGCUGGUGCAGCUGUUUGUUUGGUUGAUGGUCCUAUCCGUAAACUUGGACUUGAUGCUUAUACCCGCCAUGAAAACCCGAGUCUCCGAUCCGUGGAUUUUGUUGCUGUGCUCUUUGUGGAACGGUUUGUGGCAAAUUUAUACCUUUGGUCAGCUUUUAUUCCUGUUUUUCUUCAUGGCGAUUUUGUUUAAUUUGAUAUUCGAAAGGUUGAAAUAUAUAGAAUACGAAUUAGCAUCGCUGGGUAUAUUCAGCGAGAAGUUGAAGAUACGAUUAGAAGACGUGAUGGACAGACAUCAAGAAAUGUGCGACACGUUUAGGGAAAUUAACAAUUCGUGGAAUAACUUGACGCCCGUUUUGUAUUUGGUUCUGAGUCAUUUGACUUGCUAUUUAUGGUACAUAUUCCUAUUCUCGGAAAUGCCCAACAAAGAAUUGUUAGGAUUUGGUGCCGUGUUUUGUGCAGUCGGUUGCAUCCUCAUCGCUUCUUUGCUAUCUCGCUUCGCAUCUAUGAUUUACAGCAAUUUCAUUCAGAUCGGAAGAUUCUCGUCAUCCGAUCUUCCUAUGGACUUCAAACUAAAGAUUCUAACUUUUAUGAAAAGAUUCGGGACAAUGCCACUCGGCAUAUCAGUUGGAGGCUUCUUCUACGUGAAGAAGCACUUCCUGAUGAAAUUCGCCCACUCUCUCUAUUCCGUCUUCUCUUCCCUUUUGCAACUUAAAGAUAUGACUACAAGAAGGAAAUGUUACGUCACUUCCACAAGAAACGUCACCUCUUUUGAUGUAUUCUUAGAGUUGUAGGGAUGUACGGUCGCACUUAUCGAUUUAUAAAGUGUAAACCAUCCAAUCAAUAGAGAGUACGAUUAAUAAAAAUCGUAACAGAAAUAACGUGACUUUCGGUUUGCAUCGGAAGUUCGUAUUCAGUUAAUUGGGGCCUCAUGCCCUAAUGUUUAGUAUAGAGUACUCGCACUUGUUAUCGGUGCCUUUGUUGCGCUGACCGCCAUGUUUAAACAAAGUAAUUAGAAUGGACACUCCAAAGUACACAAAAGGAGUCUUUUUUCACUGUUUUCUUUGUGUAAUAUUUUAUUUAAUUUUAUUAAACGUUAAAUAUAUUUAAAA